AUCCAAAGGAAGGUCAGCUGGAGCUGGGAAAUUUUUAUGAAUUUUAUGUCAGUUUUUGUGAAGAUUUGCAAAUUAAAAUUUUCUCUAAGAGUAAUGUCAAAAUCUCAUCUAUCGUCCUUAAGAAAAGUGUAUCUAGUAAUUAGUUGUUAAAUAUAGUGAACAUGUUCCGCGAAAGAACCUUAUUUCCCCAAGAACCUUGUCUCCUCUGAUAAGGAUAAGAUUCUUAUCAAGUUCUAGUUGACAGCUGAGCAAUAUGUUAAUAAAUAUAAAGCAGUUUUACUCGCGAAUUUUUCGUUAAAAUUAAAAUGUUUUACUUUGAGAAUUUUUUUGUAAGUUUUCUACUCAGUGUUGUGAUCCUGACAACCCAAACAUGCUUAUCCAAAGAACAAAAACAUAUGAGUUCCAAAGAAAGAAUACAAUUAAGGGAAGAAGCAAGGGAUAUGUUUUAUCACGCAUACAAUGCUUAUAUGUAUAACGCAUAUCCAGCUGAUGAAUUGAUGCCCCUAAGUUGUGCUGGACGCUACAGGGGGAUAUCUCCAAACAGGGGAGACAUUGAUGAUUCAUUAGGAAAUUUUUCGUUAACUUUAAUCGACACAUUAGAUACUCUUGCUAUUUUUGGAGAUCUCGAAGAAUUCGAACACGCUGUCAAAUUGAUCAUCAAAGAUGUUAAUUUUGAUAACGACGUCGUUAUUUCAGUUUUUGAAACCAACAUUCGAGUUGUCGGCGGAUUACUGUCAGCACACAUUCUAUCGGAAUAUUUGCAACAAAGAGAUGGGAUAAUGCCUUGGUAUAAAGGGGAACUCUUAAACAUGGCCAAAGAUGUUGGAUACCGUUUGUUACCAGCUUUUAACACAACUACCGGAAUACCUCAUUCUAGGGUAAAUAUGAAAUACGGAUUGAAAAGUGAUCGAUUGGAAUCCGCUAGGGAAACAUGCACUGCUUGCGCGGGAUCCAUGAUAUUGGAAAUGGCAGCACUUUCACGGUUGACCGGAGAACCCAUAUUCGAAAUGAAAGCCCAAAAAGCUAUGGAUGAGUUGUGGAAGAUGCGCCAUCGUAGCUCUGAUCUCAUGGGUACCGUUUUGAACGUCCAUUCCGGCGACUGGGUUCGCAGAGAUUCUGGUGUUGGAGCUGGUAUAGAUUCCUACUACGAAUACUGCUUAAAGGCGUAUAUACUCUUAGGAGAUAACAAAUACCUUAAUAGAUUCAACAGGCAUUAUAAUGCUGUCAUGAAGUAUAUUUCUCAGGGACCAAUGCUGUUGGAUGUACAUAUGCACAGACCUCAUACGAAUUCCCGAAACUACAUGGACGCGUUACUGGCGUUUUGGCCAGGUCUUCAAGUCCUUAAAGGAGACAUUAAGCCUGCCGUGGAAACCCACGAAAUGCUGUACCAAGUGAUGCAGCGUCAUAAGUUCAUUCCAGAAGCUUUCACUACCGAUUUCCAAGUCCAUUGGGGCAACCAUCCUCUCCGACCUGAGUUUUUAGAGUCUACGUAUUUUCUUUACAGCGCCACUGGGGAUCCAUACUAUUUAGAGGUAGGAAAAAACGUCUUAAGAAGCUUACAGAAAUACGCCAGAGUGCCUUGUGGUUAUGCCGCCGUUAACGACGUCAGAACCGGUAAGAAGGAGGACAGAAUGGAUUCGUUCGUACUAGCCGAAACGUUUAAGUAUCUCUUUUUGUUAUUUGCCAACAAAGACGAUCUCAUUUUAAACUUGGACGAGUUUUUGUUCACGACUGAAGGACAUUUGCUACCUCUCACUCUUUCCGGACGGACUAUUAAUGGAAGCAAAACAGUAGACAUGGAUAUAGAUGGAUUCGAAUUCGACCGUACGUGUCCGAACACCUUACGUUUGUUUCCUGAAUCCUUUAGAAAACCUCUGCAAAAUAUGGUGGACGGAAUGUGCCCGAAGAGGUCCCAAAAAAGAAGACUCACUGCUUCAGAUUUCUCCGCAGCCAACCUCAAUCAUUUGAAGAUAAUCAAAGAUAUGGGUAUAAAUAUCAUAGCGUUAAAUGAUGGAAGAGUUCAACUGUUGCAUACAUUUUCGGCAGCUCGAUCAGCAGCUGACGCCGAAGAGGGACUUUUAUUUAUGCAAGAGAUGGUCGAACUAUCCAAACUCCAAUCCCAACAGCCAGAACCAUCUGCUCAAGCCAUCAGUAUUCCCGUCUUAGGUUCCAAAGAAGACGAACAACUUAUAGUCCUCCACGCUGGUCCCUCACAAUUCGGCAAAAAUCUCAAAGGAGACCAGCACCUUACAGCUCAGGUGGUAUUAGUCAGACCGUCUCGAGGAUGUGAACCGCCUCAAGAACCUAGUGCUUUAAAAGGAAAAAUCGCGAUCGUUGACAGAGGUGAAUGUAUGUUUGUGGAUAAAGUUAGGGCGAUGCAGAAGUACGGUGCGGUAGCGGCUGUGAUUUUAGAUAACGCUCCUGGCAGCAGCGCUGCCAACUCUCCAAUGUUCUCGAUGUCUGGUGAUGGUAACGAUGAUGUCAAAAUACCUGCAGUGUUCCUAUUUACCCAAGAAGCUUCCAAACUUCUGUUAGCUGUAAGUAAAGAUCCCCAAGUCGAAAUUACCAUAAGGGAACUGAAAGACUCAGAUAACUUUUCGCAAAACGAAGAGGAAAGUAUGUUUCAGAAACUGAAAAUAUCCGUCCAAGAAUUCCUUAACAAACACACAGGUAUCGCUUUUACGAAAACUGUAGAACUUGGUGGAUUUCGCGCAAAUAUAGGAAAUAACAAAGUAAGGAUUACCUACGAAGGAGACCAGCAAGACUUUACUCCGGUUAAGGAGACCACCGUCAAUGAACAGUGGAGUAAGAUCAGAAAAGGUCUUUUAAAGUCGAUUUUAACAUCUGAAAAUAAGGAACUUUUAGUGCCUCUUAAUAUUUUAAGGAUCUAUUAUCAGACUCUUAGUGGUGUUUCCGCGCAAGAUGUUUCUAAAGUAGACAUCGUGAAACAAACCGAGUGGUUAUUGGAAGAUUUGUCCAAAGAGCUCAAGAAGAAAGACGAUGACUUGGUGCAGUUGGAAUCAGAUCCAGAGAUAACCAUAAUCACUGAGAUGACAGAAACCGACAAGGACGCUCUAGUAAACGAAAACGAAAACAAAAGGCGGAAAGAAAUCAGUUCAUUUCUGGAAGAAGAAAUGAGCAAAAUAGACGAAGUGUUUAACAAACUUAAAAUAAAAGUAAACGAUGAUAUCAUAGUUGGUGAUUUAGCUAAAAGUGUUAACCAAAUCAAACAAGAAAAAAUUAGGAACAAUAAAGUUAAAAGUAAGCAUUCGAUCGAUGAAUUAUGAUGAAUGUAAGAAUGUGCUUAGUUGCGAAAUCGAUUGAUUGAAGCGGUAUUUUAAUUUGUCAAAAGUAUUUUAAGGAUUUUCAAAGAAAGUUCAGAGCUGAAAACUCGUUAUAAAUAUACAUUUAUAUAUUUUACACAUUUACAAAGAUUUUUGCGUUUAUAAAGUUUAUUUAUGUUUGGAGAAGUAUAUAGUGCGUACCCAAUU